CAGACGUCUCCUGCCCUCAGUGCAGAGAAACUGUGCGACAGGGAAACAAACCUCAGGCUGAACAGGCAGCUGGCAAAAGUUGUAGAAAUAGCCAAACGGCUGAGUUUACAGGCAGCAAAGGGAGCAGCAGAGAAAGGGUGUGUGAGGAACACCAGGAGACUCUGAAACUGUUCUGUGAAGAGGAUCAAACUUCUGUCUGUGUGGUUUGCCAUCUGUCCCGGGAUCACAGAGAUCACAGGGUGAUUCCCAUAAAGAAGGCUGCCCAGGAGUAUAAGGUGAAACUCCAGGGAGCCCUGGGCCCUCUGAGGUAGGUGCUGGAAGAGGCCCUGGCUAUGACGUCUAAAGAGGAGGAGAAAACCACAGAGUGGCAGGAGGGGAGAGUGUGUCAGCUGCUAUAGCCAUCGGUUUUCAUUGGCCUCCAUGAAAAGCUCUACAGCUUCUCUGCAGCCUGGAGGAAACAGACUGUUCCUUCUUGCUCUGCACUCACAAUCCCUGCAGUGAUCUGCCCAGUGCCUGGGCCAAAGACUGGAACUGGGAGGAUGAUUUGCCCCCAUGGGGGAAAGUGAAGAAUAGGAGAGAGAUGAUUGCAGGUGAAUUUAACAAACUGCACACGCUGCUGAGAGAGGAGGAGCAGCUGCUUCUGCAGAGCCUGGAGGCGGAGGAGAGGGAGACUGUGCAGAGACUAAGGGAAAAUGUAACCAAACUGUCCCAGCAAAGCUCCUCUCUGCAGCAGUUGAUCACGGAGAUUGAGGAGAAGUGUCAGCAACCAGUUAUCGAGCUGCUAAAGGAUGUGAAAAACACAUUGAACAGGAGUGAGAAUGUGAAACUCCAGGAACCAGAAGCUGUUUCUACUGACCUGAAGAACGUGUAUACAAUUUCCCUUGACAUGAGGGAAGUGCUGAAGAGAUUCGUAGCCAAGUCUGUCCAAGGAGGUGAUCAAGGAGCGCCCAUCUGUGGAGUGGAUCCCUGUCUGCUAGGGGCUGCAGAGAGAUGCAGGAAAUACAGCCAAGGGACAUGGAAACUGCUACUGGAUAAUACAGUGAUGAGAGCAUGAGAGUUGACCAAAGAAUCCUAGCGCUGGAGGAUCAAUUUUGCUUUCAAUUAUAUUUGUGAAGCCAUCACACAAUGUACUGAGGAAGACAAUGUCCAACCAAACCGCUGUGACUGAAUUCCUUCUCCUGGGAUUCUCUGAUGUUCGGGAGCUGCAGAUUUUACAUUUUGUGGUGUUUCUAGUGCUUUACCUGAUAUCCCUGCUGGGGAACCUUCUCAUCAUCACAGCCAUAGCCCUUGACCGCCAUCUUCACACUCCCAUGUACUUCUUCCUGAUGAAUUUAUACAUCAUAGACCUCGGCUCCAUCUCUGUCACCAUCCCCAAAUCCAUGGCCAAUUCCCUCAUGAACACCAGGAAGAUUUCUUAUUCUGGAUGUAUUGUCCAAGCAUUUUUUUUUGUAUUCUUUUCUGCAGCAAAUUUUGUCUUACUGACCAUCAUGGCAUACGACCGAUACAUUGCCAUCUGCCAACCACUGCACUAUGAGAUGGUGAUGAACAGGAGAACUUUUGUCCAAAUGGCAUCCAGUGCCUGGAUCAGUGGUAUUUUCUACUCUGCAUUGCACACUGGGAACACAUUUGCAAUAUCUUUCUGUGGAGGCAACAUGGUGGAUCAGUUCUUCUGUGAAAUCCCCCAGCUCCUUAAGCUCGCCUGCUCUGACUCAUACCGCUUUGAAGUUGGAUUUCUCAUCUUUAGUGUGUGCUUAGCCUCAAGCUGCUUUGUUUUCAUAAUUGUGUCAUAUGUUCAGAUCUUCAAAGCAGUGCUGAGAAUCCACUCUAAGCAGGGCCAGCAUAAAGCCUUCUCCACAUGUCUCCCUCACCUCUUUGUGAUCUCCUUGUUUAUUUGCACUGGGACAUUUGCCUACUUGAAACCUACUUCCAGCUCAACCUCAGGUCUGAAUGUCAUGGUGGCUGUUGUCUAUUCUGUGUUGCCACCAAUGAUGAAUCCAAUCAUCUACGGCAUGAGAAACAAAGAGAUCAAAGGAGGUUUUGGAGGUGGAAGGUCCUCAGGAUUUGGACGAGUCUUUGGUGACACAGAAUUUUCAAUGUGUGUCCUCUCUUGGGAGUGUCCAUAUGUCAUCUUUUUGAAGGGGUUUUAUGAGCGCUUUGGUCAGAAAGGUUUGCUCCUUACAAUGAUAAAAGAGUGCAAAAGAUGUUUCUGUAUGGCUUAGUUCCUUCUGAAAUGAUGAUGUGUAUCUUUUGGGAUGUUAUUGUAUUAUUAUUGAUAUGUUAGGCUUAUUUUUAUUAUUUUAACCUAAAUGAAUAUGUAAAAGCAGUGUCAUUCUUGCUAUGGUGGAAAGGCUGUUUGAAAGAAAUUUUUUUCCAGAGUUUCCUAAAGAAAAUCUGAGUUGGAAUAAUGAGGCCAAAUUUAGAUUCCAUGGAAUGACUGAAGUUUAGCCCCUCACAUCAAGGAGAUCAGGAUUUGGCCAAUAGCCUCUAUACACAAGGAUCCAGAUUUCACUGACAGCACCCUGAAGAAAGUGAGCAUGCCAGAGAUCUACGGGUCAGAUUUCUCAACUCAGCUAGACCAGUACAAUGCAGAAUAGAACCAUUAACAUCAUAUGUUUAGUACUGAUGAAGUUCUGGCCCAAAGUCUCUGGGCUACACCCAGUAGUGACAUGAAUGUUGG